GGCUCGUGCCCGCACGUCCACUCUGCAAGAGAGCAGGAGGCAGUCCUCUUUGGGAACCGACCUGGCAAGGCGUGGAAUUAUUUCAGCACGCAUUCAAGAGUUUUGAAAAAUACCAUUGCAAACCAAAGAAUUGUGGAGCUUCGGCGCUUUUCCAGAGUCCCCAGUUAGAUUGCAAACAGGUUAUGCUUCUCCUGAGGUGGAUCCUGAAACUAUGGUUUCUAUUUCUGCUCAUAGCAACAGUAUGUGGAAAGAAGACAUCAGACGUGGGCUCAUGCCAGCCACGUCCCUCCUGCCACGAAUGCAUCCGUUCCCACCCCAGCUGUGCCUGGUGUAAACAACUGGAUUUUGUGCAGGCGGAGGAGUCUGACACAGCCCGCUGUGCCCCUCGGCUGGAGCUGGAGCGUCGUGGUUGCCUCCCCAGUGAGGUCAUGGACCCCCGUGGCAAGCUGCAUACCCUGGAGGACAGGCCCCUCAGCAAGAGCAACCAGUACGACAGCAUCACGCAGCUGGCACCCCAAAGAAUUGCGUUGCAGCUACGGCCUGGGGAGGAACAGCGCUUCACUGUGCGCUUCAGACGGGCUGAAGGCUACCCUGUGGACCUGUACUAUCUCAUGGACCUGUCCCACUCCAUGAAGGACGACCUGGAGAACAUCAAAAGACUGGGCAGUGACCUGUUGACUGCCCUACGCAAUAUUACCAACUCUGUGAAAAUUGGGUUUGGCUCCUUUGUGGACAAGACAGUGCUACCGUACGUGAGCACAGCACCCAAAAAGUGGCUCCACCCCUGCCCAAUCGCUGACGAGCCCUGUCAGUCGCCAUUCAGCUAUCGGCAUGUGCUUGCGCUCACCGACAACGCCAGUGAGUUUGAGAGCACAGUCAGCCAACAGUUUGUUUCGGGGAACCUAGACCCGGCAGAGGGAGGCUUCGAUGCCAUCAUGCAGGUAGCUGCUUGCAAGGAACAGAUCGGCUGGCGGGAUGUGACAAGGCUUCUGGUAUUCACUUCGGAUGGCACCUGGCACACGGCUGGGGAUGGCAAGCUGGGCGGAAUCUACAUGCCCAAUGAUGGGCGUUGUCACCUGGAUAAAAAUGGUUUAUACACUGAAAGCCAUCUCUAUGACUACCCCUCUGUUGGGCACUUGGCUGAGGUGUUAUCAGAGUCUAACAUCCAGCCCAUAUUUGCUGUGACCGGUACCAGGCUUCUUAUGUAUGAGGAGUUGAGCAAACUCAUUCCCAAGUCAGCCGUCGGGGAAUUGAAAGAAGAUUCCAGCAACGUGGUGCAGCUCAUUCUUGACGCCUACAAUAGCCUCUCAUCCACUGUGAACUUGGAGCACUCUUCAGACCUUCCUCCCGGCGUCACGAUCGCUUACGACUCCCACUGCGGUGACUCAGAAACAUUUGGACGUGCACAGGGUGGAGAAUGUUCUGGUGUACACAUCAACCAGUUGGUACAGUUCACGGUAAGGAUAAAUGCAACCACCUGCUUGCCUGCUACCCAAGAUCUGGUCCUACGAGUGCUGGGAGUGGGGGAGGAACUGAGGGUACAGCUGUCAACGGCAUGCGAGUGCCAGUGCGGAGAUGUCCAACCCUCUGCACCGCACUGUUCCGGUGGCCAGGGCAACCUCACCUGUGGCAUCUGCAGCUGCCAAGAGGGCUACAUAGGCCGUCUCUGUGAGUGCAAGCCAGAGGACCUCAAUGACCCAGAAGCCGGGUGCCGUGAUGGAAACAGCACAGGACCCAUAUGCAAUGGCAAGGGCCAGUGUGUGUGCGGAAAAUGCCAGUGCAACACCCACGCCAGCGGUCCCUUCUGCGAGUGUGACAACACUGGUUGUGAACGACACAACGGGGAGCUCUGUGCAGGCAACGGGCAGUGCAGGUGUGGCAUUUGUGAGUGCCGGAGCAACUACACUGGCGGUGCAUGCGAGUGCAGCUUGGACACCAGUGGAUGCAUGCGGGAUGGUGCUGUAUGUAGUGACCAUGGACGUUGUGUCUGCAACAGAUGCCACUGUGAGGCCGGUUGGCUUGGCAGCCACUGCAGCCACUGUGCUGAGUGCCGGACACCUUGUGAACAACACAGGGACUGUGCAGAGUGCAAAGCUUUGGGGACUGGCCCGCUGAGUGAGAACUGCAGCGUCUCUUGCAACCAGACGGUGAGGGUGUUGCCGGCAUCUGCUGUGGAUGAGAGAUGGUGCAAGAUGACAGCAAGAGACGGCAGCCUCCUCAUCUACCUCAUGGAGAAGGAUGAGACUGGUGGGAUCACCCUGACUGUGAACAGCCAAGAGGGUAUUUCUGACCAGACAUUCAAGCUGGUCUUGAGCUUGGUCCUGGGCCUCGUGGGGUUUGGGGUGCUCCUUAUCGUCCUAUACCGCAUCGUCAUAGAUAUCUGGGACCGGAGGGAGGUCAAGCGCUUUGAGGAGGAGUGCAGGCGGGCCAAAGGGAACGAGGUUAACAACCCACUAUUCCGGCGAGCUACCACUACAGUCAUAAACCCCAAAUACAGGAAGGACUAACGCACUGACAAGAAGAGGAAAAAAAACCCAGCCUGAAACGGGAUGUAAUGUUAACCUUGGACUGGAGAGAUCUGGAUUCAAUUUCCCUGCUCAAGCCAUGAUACUCAAGCAACUAAUCUCUUAGGCUGUCCUACCUCACAGGACUCUUGUGAAGAUCAAGUAGGAUAACCCUAGUGAUUUGAAGGGUCCAUCAGACUGUAGCCGUAGCACAGACACACAAGUUGAAUAAUGGAUUUCUCUUCCCCAGAAAGCCUCCCAGAUGGCAAUUCUAUGAAAGGAUCUCUAAGAGAACUCUCGGGUCUUCCCUACCCCAUUGAAACACAAAGGUAUUUUAAUCCAGAGGAGUUAGCUGUGUUAGUCUGUAGUUGCAAAAUAGUAAAAAGUCCAGUAGCAGCUUUAAGACUAACCAGCUUUAUUGAGGCACAAGCUUUUGAGAACCACAGUUGUCAGAUGCAUCUUAAAUACCAACCAUAUUUCACCAACCUAAGAUUGCAACACUGACAUUCGAACGCAGGGCUUCACGGUAAUGAGAGUCACACCUGGUUUCAGAAUGUUUUGUCUUCAACUGUGUUGCAUAGAGAGAGAAACGUUUCCUGGACCUACAAGGACCCAACUAUAUAUAUUAGGGCUACACCACACUCUUCCCUCCCAAACACUUUGGUGAUCAACCCUCCCCUUCUCCCGGGCUGCAGCAUAUCUCAGGCACACAGUGAAAAUAUAGGUAAGCUAAGCAAGUAAUUCGGUUUUGAUAACAAAAAGGGUCGGCAGAGAAAGGGUUAAACAGUCCCUCAGUACUAGGUCCCACCUGCAUCAGGAACAAGCCCAGAGAUACAGCCCUGUUUCUUUCUCAUGUAAAUACAUCGAGGUGCAAGUAGGUCUCUUGGACAGUUUGUGCUUUAGCAGGAAACUCUUCGGGCUUAAGAAUCCCCGUUGUACCACGGAAACUUGCUGGGCGAUCUUGGGCCAGUCACACACUCUCAGACUGACCUACCUCACAAAGCAGUUGUGAGGACAUGAAGGAGAGAAUGAAGCAAGCUGCCUUGGGUCUCCACUGGGGAGAAAAGUGGGGUAUAAGUAAAA